UUGUUAGAACGUAGCACAUUGCCAAAUAUGGAAAUUCGCAAGGUAGAUGGCAACACCCCAUUUUGCAUGGCUGCAAUUUCAGGAAACGUAGAAAUUGCAACAAUUUUAUUAGAGAAGAACCCAAAUCUGGUAUGGAGUAGAGGGCAUAAAGAUAUGCUACCAAUUCAUUUGGCAUCCUCUGCUGGGCAUCCUCGUAUGGUCGAAUUCCUGUUUCAAAACACCCGACAAGACAUCCACAUUAAUCUUCCCUUCCCAGACAUCGUCACGCUGUUUUUCUUGACCAUUACCAACAACAUUUACACUGUGGCAUGGAAUUUGUUGGAUAAAUAUCCAAUACUGGCAAGUACAGAAAACGAAGAGAGGCGAACACCAUUGCAAGUGCUUGCUCAAUUGCCACUAUGCCAGAAUGCUCCUGGUUAUCAAGAUAUUCUUAGUUUGCUGUUCGAGGGUAUGGAAGAGGAAUUUCUGAACUCAGAGAGAACUUCAGAAGCAAUGUUUGAUGCAGCAAAAUCUGGAAAUGUCAUGAUUUUAGAAUUUAUUUUUAAGUACAAUCCAGCUUUGUUGACGAAAGUGAAUUCUGAAGGGCAAAGCUUACUUCACAUUGCAAUUUUGCAUCGGCAUGUUACCGUGUACAGAUUAAUAAAGAGCAAGGGGGCAUACAAGAAUGUUAUGUUACAACUGGUCGAUUAUGAUGGAAACAAUGUUCUUCAUUUAGCUGGAAAGUUAGCAGCUGAAGGAAGAUUUGGAUCACCAAUGCAUCAAGUUCUUAUUUGUAGCGAGGAGCUAUGGUUUAAGGAAGUGGAGAAGACAGCUCCACCUGCAUUGAAAACAAAGGUAAAUAGAGAUGGAUGGAGGCCGAGAGAAGUAUUUUAUAGGGAACACAAAGAACUAUCUGAAAAAGCAGUAUGUGAACUGAAUGGAAUAGCAAAUAAUUUUCUAGUUGUAGGAACUCUUGUUGUCACGUUAGGGAUAAGUGCAGCUCUCACCAUUCGCACUAACAAUAUCAGUGGAGAGACUCCUGUUUUUGACCAGAACAGAUGGUACAUUAUAUUUAUUGUAUCUGUGGCAUUUGGAAUAAGCUUCUGUGCUGUAUCAAUGCUGCUCUUCACUUCAGUUAUUCUCCCUUCAAAAUGGAUGCCAGACCAAUGUUUUGUUAGCUUCCGACUAACAAGAAUUGUGGGUGGCUGUCUGUUACUUUAUGCUUCUGUUGGAAUCUUGGGUACCAUCUCUGUCAUGUCUGGUACAGUUUUGGUCUAUAACUUCUUUCCCAAAUGGAUCUUCUGUGCUAUUGCUUCACUUAGUGCUAUUCCAGUCAUCUUAUCUUUUGUAAUUUACCAUUAUUCUUUGUAUCUGGCUAAACACUUAAUACUAGCCUUUUGCGAGGAAGCAGCAAUGAGAACACUGUCCAGAGUGGGGAUUAAGUGGACUCCAUUUUACUUUGGUUAG